ACCUCCGUUCACGACGAUCUCUCUCUCUCUCGCAUUCGUUUUUUACCGGCUUCAAUUUCGUGCCGGCGGUUCCCUCGCUCAAUGGUGAUGGAAGACAACGAGAGCUGCGGGAGUAGAGUAGUGUUAAACGACACGUCGUCUUCUCCGGCUCAGUCCCAGUCGCGUCAACACCGCCUGAAGCUUCAGGUCUACAAUGAGGUUCUUCGCCGCCUCAAGGACUCAGAAAACGACGAGGCUCUUCUCCCUGGCUUUGAUGAAGACCUUUGGGCUCACUUCAACCGUCUCCCCACUCGGUAUGCGUUGGAUGUGAAUGUGGAGAGGGCAGAAGAUGUGUUGAUGCAUAAAAGGUUGCUGCAUUUGGCGCAUGAUCCAGCUCAAAGACCGGCGAUCGAAAUCCGGCUUGUACAGGUUCAUCCAACCACAGAUGGAAAUAUAGAUUCUCCGGGUAAAGAAGCUGCCCAAAGCCCAAAGUUAUCUAGCAGACAAAGUUUACAUCCACCUCCAGCAUUUGGCUCAUCACCCAACCUUGAAGCCCUUGCACUUGAAUCGAAUAAAGCUCAUGAUCAAGAUGAUGAACAGUCUGUACAUGCCAACUCACAGAUGAGUCGGCCUAUGCAUGAAAUCACUUUCUCAACAGAUGACAAGCCAAAACUACUCAGCCAGCUGACUUGCUUGCUCGCGGAGAUUGGGCUGAACAUCCAAGAAGCACAUGCAUUUUCCACGCUGGAUGGUUACUCCUUGGAUGUCUUUGUUGUUGACGGCUGGCCUUACGAGGAAAUUGAGAAGCUCAAGUCUGCAUUGGAAAAGGAAGUUUUGAAGAUUGAGGAACCGUGGCCAAUAUGUCGAUCAUCAUCUUCUGGCAGUGAUCAUGACCAAGUAGUGAUCAAAUCUGAAUCUAAUCAUCUGACCAUACCCAAUGAUGGGACUGAUGUAUGGGAAAUUGAUCCUAAACAGUUAAAAUUUGGGAACAAAGUUGCAUCUGGAUCCUGCGGUGAUCUAUACAAAGGUACAUACUGUAGUCAAGAAGUGGCCAUCAAAGUCCUCAAGCCUGAGUGCGUAAAUUCUGACAUGCAAAAAGAUUUUGCCCAAGAGGUCUUUAUUAUGAGGAAAGUUCGGCAUAAGAAUGUUGUGCAGUUCAUUGGUGCAUGUACCAAGACUCCAAGCUUGUGUAUUGUAACAGAGUAUAUGUCUGGUGGAAGUGUGUAUGACUACUUACAUAAGCAAAAGGGUGUCUUUAAGCUUCCCUCCUUGCUUAAGGUUGCAAUUGAUGUUUCUAAGGGAAUGACCUACUUGCACCAUAAUAACAUAAUCCACAGGGAUUUAAAGGCUGCCAAUCUCUUGAUGGAUGAAAAUGAAGUUGUCAAGGUUGCUGAUUUUGGGGUUGCCAGAGUCAUAUCUCAAUCAGGAGUAAUGACGGCAGAAACUGGGACAUAUAGGUGGAUGGCUCCAGAGGUUAUUGAACACAAGCCGUAUGACCACAAAGCUGAUGUUUUUAGCUUUGGAAUUGUGUUGUGGGAGUUGCUGACUGGAAAGCUUCCGUAUGAGUACCUGACCCCACUACAAGCAGCUGUUGGAGUGGUCCAAAAGGGUUUACGGCCAACCAUUCCAAAGCAAACUCAUCCAAAGCUUACUGAGUUGCUUGAGAAAUGCUGGCAACAAGAUCCAGCAUUAAGACCCGACUUCUCAGAAAUCAUAGAGAUUCUGCGUCCAUUAACCAAGGAGAUUGGUGAUGAUGGAGAAGAAAAACGCAAGGCACCAGGAGGGUUUCUGUCCGUCCUUAGACGAGGUCAUCACUAAUUAAGACACAUAUUUAUAACAAAAGCAAAUGACUACAGCAUGGGGAAUUCCCCAUCUAUUUUCACAUAUCAUGUACAGUGUUACACCCUCAUAUCUGUCUUUUGCAGUUCAUAUGAAAGUCAAUUUUUUAACAACCGA